AUUAUCAGUAUCAUCACUAUGAGUGGCUUGUAUACAAAAGUAAAUCUCUAACACGUUUGUCUUUCUUGACUUUGGUUAGGGUGGCAGACAGUUUCCCCGAGGUUUCUCUCUCCUCUGCACCUUCCUGUGAUCAACUAAGAAGGUGCAAAUGAAAGAAGAAAUUGUGAGAUAUAUAACAUGGUGAUAUUUCAGUUAAGCUGAAUUGUAGUGAAAGGGGACAACAAGAUGGAGAGAAAAAGGCAGAGGAUAUGUUUGGAUAAGAAAAUGCAUAAGAGGGAAAGGCAGAGGAUGUUCUUGGAUCGUGGAGGUGAGCUAUUGGAAGAGCUGAUUGCUUUUUGUAAUGCUAGAUCCAACCCUAUCAGGAACUUCUCUCUCAACCAACUCCAAAAAGCCAUUGAUGACUACCAUCCAAGCCAUCCUCUUGAAACUCUCACAGAUUUAGAAGAUUCAGGUUUUGAAUGGUACGAAGGAAUUCUUGAACAGCGCCUUGUUUUCAUCAAGAGCUUUACGCGUUGCACUAAAGAGGUCUACCGUGACAUCGUGGUCUCGUCGCAGAUGAGCAGCCACAACAAUGUUCUCAAGCUUUCAGGUUGCUGUUUGGAGAUCCCAGCAGGUCCAGCUCUAGUUUUUGAAUAUCCAGAGAAUGGAUGUCUGGAAAGACUUAUUCAUGAUGGAUCAUUAACUUGGGGAACCAGAUUGAAAAUUGCCAAGGAAAUUGCAAAUGCAGUGACAUAUCUCCACACUGCAUUUCCCAGGCCAACCAUCCACAGAGACAUAAAGCCUCGAAAUAUCUUCCUCGGCCAGAAUUAUGAUGCCAAACUCUCUAAUUUCUCUCUCUCCAUAUCAAUCCCAGAAGGGGAAUCACAAGUCGAAGAUCAGCUCGCAGGGACAAUUUUUUUCGUGGACCCUGUUUAUGUUCAAACUGGUUUUGUUACAGAGAAGACUGAUGUCUACAGCUUUGGGGUGCUUCUGCUCGUUCUUCUUACUGGACGAAUAACACUUCAAGAGCGAAUCUUUCUGAUAGAUUAUGUGAAAGACUUGGUUGAACAGGAUCAGGUAAAUGAAGUUGUGGAUCCUAGGAUUAGGGGAAACAGGGGAGAAGCAAUUGAUCAGCAACUGGUGGAAGCAUCCAUUGAACUAGCCUUGAGAUGCACCAAUGGUUCAGGAGAAGAUAGGCCACUAAUGAUAGAAGUAGCAAAAGAACUCCAGCGAAUUGAAAGAUCAAUCACUGCCGCUCCGUAGCUAUGGACAUCCUUAUAGCCCGCAAGAUGCUUCUUGAUGCUUGUCAUCCAGUACCAUAUUUCUUUUGCCAAUUACAUAGAUUCUGAAAUCGCGUCUCUUAAGAUUUGGUAAUCUGAGUCCGAUAAACUCUCUUAUUAAUUAGUUUACCAUUAAGUGGCCAUCUUCAUUGGCCUGAUUGGAAGGCAUGGUUUGCUGUACCAAUGAGAACAGUUCUUACACCUUCCAUAUGCGAGCGAAUGCUAGCACAAUUAUCUUCAAUUAUACAGAACUUUUGUUGAUGAAGGGACUUUUGUGCUUAAUGGAUUUGUGGAAUAAAGCUGAAUUUUGAAUUCCA